GGUGGUUCACGUGGUAGUAGUAGUAGUAAUGGCGAAUCCUCUCAAAACCCUCGCCCUUCGUCGUAGUUUGUGUUCGUGUACGUAGGGUUGUUUCCUCGCACCGUUCUCUUCGUUUGUCGAAGGAGACGACGCUCUGGGUGGGGGGUCGCAUCGCUUCUUCUUCUUCUUCUUUGAUUCGGCUGGUUUCCGAAGCCGCUUCGCGAAGAAGCGAGGGUUUGCGCGCUUCUUGAGGGUUUCUGAGAGCGAUUAAUGCAAUUGAAGGCCGAUUCGUGAGCAUCAUCAUCAGUAUCUUGCAUAGGAAGAGGGUGAAGGUAUGGAGAUCAAAGAAGUAAAGGAAGGGGUCGAAUCGUCGCCGUCUUCGUCUUUAAUUGUUGGAUUGGCGGCCAAUGGGACGAAGAACAGCAGAUUCAUGGUUCGAUGGGCUUUGGACAACUUCAUGCCCAAGGGGAGAGUUCUAUUCAAACUUUUCCAUGUUCGCCCGAAGAUUAAAAUGGUUCCAACACCAUUGGGAAAUUAUAUUCCUAUUGAUCAAGUGCGGGGUGAUGUUGCCGCCGCAUAUAAGAAGGACGUAGAGUGGCAAACAGAAGAAAUGCUUCUACUCUAUAAGAAGAUGUUUAAUGAAAAAAAGGCCGAAGCAGAAAUUUUGAUAAUUGAGGCAGAUGAUGUAGCAGAGGCAAUAUCAAAAGAGGUCUCAAGAUACAAAGUCAGCAAUCUCGUAGUAGGCGCCUCCUCCGGAAAUGGUAUUAUUAGAAAAACUUGUAGGAGACUUACGGGCGGCAAGCUGUCUUCCAGAAUCAUCAAAUGCAUUCCGAGCUUCUGUACAGUGUACAUUGUUUCAGAUGGCCGAUUAUCAUCCGUUCAUUCUCCUGGAUCAACAACAGAUUCGAGCGCCGUUACAUCAGGAAGUGAAGAGAGCUUUAAAGAUGAGAAUGAUUCAACUAACGCUUCUAGCAACUCAUUGAAAGUAAAAUUUGACAUGUACAUUAACUUGAAAGCAAUUUCCUCCCUCCUCCGCGCUCCUUUACAACCAAGUCAAAAAAACCAACCUUUUUCCAACGGAGACCCUAGGAGAUCCAGUUGUGAUGACACCCACGGUAGCAUUGUUCCUUUGGGAAGUGAUGGCGAUGAUGUUGUUUCCGGAUCAAGCAUAUUGCAACGAACAAUUCGGAGAAACCUUGCUUUUUACAAAGGAAACCGCAACAGAUCCGGGGGAACUGACACCUCCAACACUAAACAUUUCUCACCAAGCACAAAUGAACAUUGUUCGAGUGCCAGUUCUAACGGAUCGGAAGCGCAGGACAGUUGUAGUGCAAGUGGUAGUGACAAAGGCUCUAGAACUUCAUGUAACUCAGAUCGUGUAUCUUCAGCGGACAGCUCACAAGAUUCUUCGCUUUUGGAGAAUGAGGUUGAUAUUGAUUUUGAGCUCGAAAGACUAAGGACUGAAAUCAGGCAUCUUAGAGGAGUGUACAAACUUGCCGAGGAUGAGUCAGUCGGUGCUUUAAAGCAGAUCAAUGAAUUAGCAGCGCAACACAUGGAGGAAGAGGUCAAACUCAGAGAUAUAAACUUCAGAGUAGAGAAGGCUGAAGAAAUCGCGCAGCAAGAGAAGGAAAAACGUAAAGCCGCAGAAAUUGAGGCGGAAUAUGUGAGACAGUUCGCCGAUCAAGAAGCUUCAAGGAGGAAAGGCUUAGAAGAUAUGGCUUCAAACAAAGCAAGUGAAAAGGAGUGGCUGAAAAAAUCCCUCGAACAUGCGUACUUGAAGUUCACAUGGGAAGAAAUAGCAUCUGCUACAGCAUCAUUCUCCGAUUCUUUUAAAAUCGGUGUUGGAUCUAACGGAACAGUUUACAAGGGUACGUUCCGUCACACGGUUGUAGCUGUGAAAGUUCUUCACUCUAACGAGGGAGCGAGGAUGAAGCAGUUUAACCAAGAGCUCGAUAUUCUUGGCAGAAUCCGUCACCCCCAUUUGCUGCUGCUGCUUGGUGCCUGCCCUGAACCGGGCUGCUUAGUGUACGAAUACAUGGAGAACGGUAGCCUUGACGACCGACUACAAUGUCAAGGUGACACGCCUCCGAUUCCAUGGUUCUGCCGCUUCAGAAUCGCGUGGGAGGUCGCCUCCGCCCUUCUAUUUCUUCAUAGUACAAGACCUGAACCCAUCAUUCAUCGUGACCUGAAGCCCGCCAAUAUCUUGCUCGACAAAAAUUUCGUCAGCAAGAUUGGCGACGUGGGCCUCUCGACUUUACUCCCCCACAAGAGUUCAUCUCUCUCUACGGUUUAUAAAGACACUGCCCCCGUCGGCACAUUCUUUUACAUGGAUCCCGAGUACCAGAGGUCUGGUUUAGUGUCGACAAAGUCCGAUAUUUAUGGCUUAGGAAUGGUGAUUUUGCAGCUGCUGACUGCGAAAUCGCCAAUGGGCCUUACAUACAUUAUUGAAAACGCAAUCGGAGAGGAGGGAUGUUUAAGAGACAUCUUGGACCCCCGAGCAGGGAACUGGCCUACCGAAGAGGCUAAGGAAUUGGCUCGACUCGGACUGAGUUGUUUAGAGUUGAGGCGAAAGGAUCGACCUGACCUGGGCAGCCAAAUUCUUCCUCUACUAGAGAAACUGAAAGACACCGCGGAAAAGGCUCGUGUCUCGACACAAAUCGCUCCAACUGUACCUCCGAGUUAUUUUCUUUGUCCAAUUCUAAAUAGGGUAAUGGAUGAUCCGUGCAUUGCUUCUGAUGGAUAUACAUACGAUCGAGACGCGAUCGAGAAAUGGUUGUCAAAGAAUGGCAAUUCGCCGAUGACCAAUGUGCCGCUGCCUAACAAGGAACUGAUUCCUAAUCAAUCACUUCUCUCAGCAAUCAAAUGCUGGAAAUCUAGGAGCAGCUGAAUUUAAGCUUUAGUUUGUUACUUCCUCUCUUUGUACAGGGUUGUUUUUUCUUCCUUUUUGUAGUGUAGAUAUAGAUAUAGAUAGAUAUUCCUAAUCUCAUAAUAACAUGCUUAGGAUAAAUUUAUUAGGUGGAAUAUGCUGUGUAUCUUAACUCUUUGUAUAUUAUAUUCUUCAUUUAAUUUUAAGGAAAGUUUAGCAGACACACUGAUGGGCCUUAUGUGGUUGUAUAAUUAAGUUAUCAAUUAUGUAUUAUAUCCUAAUAGAGGAGAGGGGCUGUUCUCUAUGCUAUUUCAUUUUAUUUUAA